AAAUAGAGCUGUGUAUCAUCAGCCUAACAGUGGAAAAUAACUCCAGAUUUACUGAUAUCCCCUAGCUGUAGCAUAUAUAAUGUCAAAAAGGAUCAAGAACUGAGCCUUGUGGUUCCCUACAGUUACUUUAGAUCGGUAGGAUGGCUCUUCAUUAACUGAUACACAUGAAUAAUGUUCUGAUUGGUAAGACCUAUUGAAAGAAACCCCUCAGUGCAGAGGCAGAAGUGAAACUCCAUCCAUUAUAAAACUGAAGUGAAAAUCUCAAGCACUGCAUUUGUUGUACUGAGCGGAAAUGGAAAGUUCCUCAAAUCUCAUGUGACUCAAAGUUUCUGUAAGUUACAGCUCUCAAAUUAGCCCCUCGAGGAGGAAAAGACCAUAUUCCUCAUUUCAUUGUCCUAGACACUGAGUGUGUUCUUAAAGCUGUGUUCUGGUGUCUCUCUGACAGAAGAGUGUCUGCACAGCAUGUUUGCUCAGGGUCUGCUCCUCUGUGUUCUGCUGAGAGCGUUCAGCGCUCAGGCUAAAGUGGUCACGAGCUUUAAUGAGUGUAGUGGGUUUUUCUAUGACAACAAAGAACCAACUGGGAUGAAUCAGAAUGCCAAGAAAAUCUGUCAGAAGGUAGACUAUGGAGGCUCUUAUUAUGCUACGCUGUACUUUGUUCCUCACAGGAUCCCUCUCUACAGCGCAUACACACUGAACCGCGACUGCAGAACCAGCGGUGGAAGGACAAACGUCUGGCACAUUGAGCCUCAGAUUUCACAGCCUGGAUCUCAUACUGAUCACAUGGUUCCUGAGAGUCCUUUGAAUAUGAACACUUAUAAAGAGAACCAGGCCAUCAGCAAAGACUACAGUGAUACCGGCUAUGACCGCGGACACCUAAACCCCAACAGCUUCCAAUGUGAUGAAGGCCGUACGGCGACGUUCACUCUGACCAACGCUGCGCCGAUGGAUGCCUGCUUCAACAGAAUACACUGGAAGAGUUGGGAGAGCACGCUGAGAAGCUUUUUAUUAAACAAGCUCAUCAGUGAUGGCUCUUCUGCGAAAGCCUACAUUGUCACAGGUACAGUACCCAGUGCAAACAUCCGAAUACCGCAGCGGGAAGUGUCUGAGGAACCUGAAAGGGUGACGGUGCCCUCUCACAUCUGGACGGCUGUCUGCUACAAACACGAGACAGACGACAGAAAGUCUUUUUCCUUCGGCUAUCUGGGAAAAAACCUUCCAGCAGGAGGCAUCAGCCUGAUGAGUGUCUCGAACCUGAACCUUCGGCUCAGUGAACUCUACGGUGAACUCUCAGACACUUGUCAAUCAAUCAACAUUUUUGCUGAUGAUUGUUUUGGUGACAGUAAUAAAUUAUACAUGGUUAAGGGUGUGUUUCAGAAAUUAAUCAAUCAGGCAGAAAAUCAAGUAGUGGAGAUGAGCUCCAGCAUGCAGAUCAUGUAUAAUGCACUGAAGCGGACCGUCAGCGAUGACAGCACAUACUCAAAGAGAGUCAAAGUGAAGGAGAUGACCAUAAGACUAGCCUUCGACAGUUUGAUCUCGUACCUCACUGUGACAGAAGAACUGAAGACUCUCUCUGGAAGUGUUUGUCUGAUAACUGCUGUGUCUCGUCUUAACCCUUUUAUGAGGAGGCUGAUACAGAGAGAUGUGGGGUCAGAUACUGUCGAAUGUCUGCUGGUGUCAGAGAAGCAGGACACUGCAGCUGAUGGGUCGUUCUGCAUCAGUCGGUACGAGUCUGAAGGCUAUUGUUCGUGUCACACUGGAAUCAAACCCUAGCCCUGCUGCUCCUCUCCCUGUCUGUACCAGGACAAACUGCAGGAGUACAGGUGUUACUCUGGCCCACAGCUGAUCAGGUGUUCACCACAGUAUUCACUCAUCACGGCUGAUGGACAGCAGUGCAUACAUGACCACCCGUGUGCCACAUAUGGUAAUGACUACUAUUGGUGCAAGACCAGCGCUGGACACACAGGUCGCUGCAGCCCUCCGCUGACGAGGAGCAGAGCUGACAGCGGAAUAUACUGAUGCAGAAACACACACCUGAGCUCAACAUGGAGAACACCAGCCAUGCUGCUGCCAAGAGCAUCAGACCAGCACUGAAUGAGGCUACUGUGGUGCUACACUGAUUAGAACACCUCUGCGAGUACUGUUGCACAAGAUGUAGUUACUAGUUAGUUUAAUAUUGCUAGUUUAGUCUCAAGUGGGACUUCAAGCUCCUCCUCUAGCUCCUACUAAUAUGUAAACUCAUUGUAGCAUAAAAAACAUUGCUAUAGACAUUAUAAAGAAUUUACUUCAUGACUGUAUACUAAAAACUUAUUGUAGCUUAACCCACGCUACACUGGUUUGGAGUGAUAGUUACGUAAAUUUACUAUAACUACUUAUUUUUGAUGUAAAAUAAACAAGUAAAUUGCACUGGCAAUACUCAUCUAUCGACUGUAACUUUUACUCAUUGCGUCCAUUUAAAAAACCCAAGUGAACAUUGCUGAUAUUUCUUUGUGUUUCUUACUCAUCUUUUCUUUGUUAUAUUCUAUGUAAUUAUUAAGUAAUAUUUAAUAUGAAUGUACUAGUUAAUAUUAAUUGAAUUAAUUGAAGUAAAUAUUUUUUAUUAUUCUAUUAAAUCGUAAUUAAACAUUUUCCAAAACAAAUAUCUGCAGCUUAAGCGACGCUUAUACAUAUGAUAUAUAAAAAAAUUAUCUACCUUACUAUGUCAGCAACCCUAACACAUUUCUAGUAAACUCAACAAUGUUCUUAAAAUUAAGUAAACACACUAGAAUUUUCAUAGUAAGGAUUACUAUUUGCUUUUACAGUGUGCAAAUGAGGAGUGCCAAUCAACCAGCCUGAGCAGAGCUUUAAGUUUUAGGUGGACUGAUUACUGGCACUAUAAAGACACCUCACUCACACAGACUCUUUACUGAAUCUUGCUUUUCCCUGUGAAGCAUUAGUAAGCUGUAUUCCUGUUUAUCCAGCCAUGUUUUGAUCCUUGUCUUGUUCACCAUUAUUUUUGUUGUUGUGCCUCCUGUCCUGUUUCUAUUAAAAGUUUUG